CUUUGAAUUCAGUUGGGUCUUUGUUUAAUGGAUUGUUUUCCCAUUACGUUGCUAAUAAUGAUAAUAAUAAGGUGAUGGAAAGUAUGCGAGUAUGAACCGGUAAGAAUGGAAGUCAUGAACAAUCUGAAACCCAAUCUCUUCCAAGAAAAAGGCCAUUGCUGUCAUCAGUCUCAGUCUCAGUCUCAGUCUACCUGUGGCGUUUAUAGUCAGUCGGUCAACUCCACUCCCAACACGCCCACCCCUCAUCUUUCUUUCCCAUGAAUUUCCUCUUGGAAUUUCUCAAAUCCCAUCUUUUUCUUUUUCUCUUUCUCUUUUCUCCUCCCCUCUCUAACUCAAACCAGACCCUUUUCUGAACUUAUACCAAAAACAAAGCUGAAAUAUAGUCUCCCAUUGAGCUAAAAUGAAGAGCUCCAUUUACGGCAUAUCCUUCUUUUUCCUCUUCUGUAUAUUUCCUUUGGUCUCCGGUCAGCUAGCUUCAAACCAGAGCAACACGAUGAUCACCGUUUCUCACCAGCUUGCAAAUUCAUCCUGGAAUGUUGAGAAGGAGCAGAACCCCUGCCUUUGGGAAGGUGUUACAUGCAACGCUCCCCACAACGACUCCAUACUUUCUCUUUCAUUGUCGGGGUUUGGUCUCUCAAACUCUAGCUUCUUACCCUUGCUUUGCCAGAUUAAUUCUUUGCAGUCGCUCGACUUUUCCAGCAACUUGUUCAACUCAAUCCCAGUUGAGUUUUUCAACACUUGUGGAGAGAUUGAUGGGUUAAAGAGCUUGAACUUUAGCAAGAACAAGUUGGUUGGUUCUUUGCCUACCUUUCAAAAGUUUGCUGGAUUGGAAUCCUUAGAUUUAUCUUUCAAUGCUUUGAAUGGAAGUAUCGAUUCACAGUUGAAUGGUUUGAGUGCAUUGAAAAGCUUGAACCUUAGUUGCAAUAACUUCACUGGUUCAGUUCCAAGUCGCCUUGGAAAAUCCAGGGUCCUGGAACAACUUGAACUUUCUAUGAAUAGGUUCACAGGUGAAAUAGCUAGUGAAAUUGGGGAGCAUGGGAAUUUGAUAAAGAUUGAUCUCAGUGAGAAUCAUCUUAAUGGAUUUAUUCCUGAAUCUUUUGUGAACCUUACCAAGUUGGAAACCCUUAUUCUAUCUUCCAACCAGUUGCAUGGGGAAAUCCCUGCAGGCCUUUUAGGUAUUACAACAUUGCAGCGCUUCUCUGCCAAUCAAAACAACUUUGUUGGUCUUCCUAGUAAUAAUAUCUCAAUGUCUCUCAAGAUUUUAGAUCUUAGUUAUAAUAAAAUAGCUGGGAGAAUUCUACCGCAGUUGCUGUUGGGAUCAAACUUGCAGACUGUGGAUUUGUCAUAUAAUAUGUUGACCGGACCAGUUCCUGUAAACAUUUCUUCCAGUCUGGUCAGGUUAAGGUUGGGUAGCAAUAAUCUCAGCGGCCCAAUUCCUUCUACGAGCUUUGUAUCUUCGCCCAACUUGACGUAUUUGGAGUUGGAUAACAAUAGCCUUACUGGAACCAUACCUCCUCAAAUUGGUUCUAAUCCAAAGCUGGCAUUGUUGAACUUGGCUCAGAAUAAGCUGAAUGGGACUUUGCCUGAUGAAUUGCUAAAUCUUACGCAACUUGAGGUUCUGAAACUUCAACUCAACAAGCUUAGUGGUGAAAUCCCAAAUCAGAUUGGAAGACUAAUUAUGUUAUCCGUGCUCAAUAUCAGCUGGAAUUCACUAAAUGGAAUCAUACCACCUUCAAUUUCCUACUGUGGAAAGCUUAUUAACCUAAACUUGCAAAACAAUGGUCUCACUGGUUUAAUACCUGAUGCCAUCGGGAACUUGAACUUUCUGUUAGAACUCCGGCUGGGAGAAAAUAAAUUGCAUGGUAGGAUUCCUGAUAUGCCACAAAAGUUGCAGAUUUCUUUGAAUCUCAGCUUCAAUAAUUUUGAUGGUCCUAUUCCGAAGACUCUUUCCGAACUGAAUGAUUUGGAAGUUUUGGAUCUCUCUAACAACAGUUUCUCAGGUGAAGUUCCUGAUUUCCUGGGCACCUUGUCUUCCUUGUCACAGCUAGUACUUUCCAAUAAUCAGCUUUAUGGAGUUCUUCCUCAAUUCAAACGAAAUGUUUCGGUCUAUAUAGAUGGAAAUCCGCAACUUCAUCGUCCACAAUAUCAUCCUCCAGAGUUGAGUAAAAAAGGAAAAUCAGUUGGUGUGACAAUUGUCAUCACAUUUGCAGCUGCUGUUCUUGCUGUAGUGGUAGUUGCAAUUGUUUUUCUAUUGAUCUCAAGACGCUUAAGCAAGGUUAAUGAGGAGCAAUUACAGUCAUUGGAAGUUCUUUCUCCUCCUCGGGUGAUUCAAGGCAACAUGUUGACAGCAAACGGGGUCCAUAGAUCUAAUAUUGACUUCACCAAAGCCAUGGAAGCUGUUGCAAGCCCUGCAAACAUUGUGCUGAAAACCAGGUUUUCGACCUAUUACAAAGCUAUGAUGCCUUCAGGAGCAAGCUAUUACGUUAAGAAGCUUAACUGGAGUGACAAGAUAUUCCAAUUGGGGAGCCCUGAUAAAUUUGAGCAAGAGAUAGAGGCUUUGGGGAAGCUUAGCAAUUCAAAUAUCAUGAUUCCAUUGGCCUAUGUAUUGACAGUUGACAGUGCAUAUCUAUUCUAUGAAUUUUCCCCUAAGGGUACCCUCUAUGAUAUUCUUCAUGGGAGCUUGAAAUCUUCUUUGGAUUGGGCAAGUCGUUACAGUAUAGCAGUUGGAGUAGCUCAAGGGCUUGCAUUUUUGCAUGGAUGCACAUCAAGUCCGAUUCUCCUCAUAGACCUUUCAAGCAGAAGCAUCGUGCUCAAGUCAUUGAAGGAGCCACAGGUUGGGGACAUUGAGCUUUGUAAAGUAAUUGACCCUUCCAAGAGCAACGGAAGCCUUUCCACAGUUGCUGGUUCUGUAGGUUAUAUUCCUCCAGAGUAUGCUUAUACAAUGAGGGUAACAAUGGCUGGAAAUGUUUAUAGCUUUGGAGUUGUAUUGCUGGAAUUGCUGACAGGAAAAGCAGCAGUUAGUGAGGGAACUGAGUUAGCCAAGUGGGUAUUAAGCAACUCAGUGCGGCCAAAUAAGCUGGAUCACAUCCUUGAUUUUAGUAUCAGUAGAACAUCACUGGUGGUAAGAAAUCAGAUGCUUGCUGUCUUGAAAGUUGCACUUGCUUGUGUCAGUGUUACUCCAGAAUCAAGGCCCAAGAUGAAAAGUGUGCUACGGAUGAUCCUCAAUGUAAGAUAAAAUCAUCUCCACCUACUACUGCCUUUAAUUACCGAGUGAGCUUUGUUUCAUACAAAUUAUACAAGAUUGAAGAAAGCCAGUAUUGGCCAUGGUGGCUAGGAAGCCAACAACCUGCACGUAAGAAUCGUUUGGUUUUGAAUUCAUUCUUAUACGUAGUAUACUUUUGUAAUUUAAUGGUGCCAUUGUAAAACUCAGUUCUAUAAUAGGUGAAUUCUCACAUAAUUUCAUGGUUGUUAGUGAUUAUAUUGUAGAUUUCUACUAGAGAUACUCCCAACCCAAGAGGUUAUAGCAAAAGAUUGUUAAAAAAUAGAUGUUUAGUACUUAAAUCUUUUUCUCAUUUUAGUACAUAAA